AGAAGAAGGAGAAGGAGAAGAAGAAGAAGAAGUGAAUACAGUACUAAUCGUUUGUAAAGUAAACUUUUAUUUUGACACACUUCCGGGUUGAGCUCCGCCGUGUGUUCUCGCGAGAUGUGCAGUGUUCCUGUUUCUCCAGGAGUGUGUGUGAGAGAGUGUGAGUGUGUGUGUGUGUGAGAGUGAGUGUGUGUGUGAGUGUGAGUAAACCAUGGGCCGACUGGAUGGAAAAGUGAUCGUGUUGUCUGCGGCUGCGCAGGGAAUCGGCCGAGCUGCUGCUCUGGCGUUUGCUAAAGAAGGAGCUCAGGUCAUCGCUACAGACGUCAACGCGGAGAAACUGAAGGAGCUGGAUGGAACUCCAGGAAUCAGGACCCGAGUGCUCGAUGUGACUAAGAAGGAGGAAGUGGAGGCUCUGGCUAAAGAGUUGGAGCAAGUGGACGUUCUGUUUAACGUCGCAGGGUUUGUUCAUCAUGGUACGAUCCUGGAUUGUGGCGAGUCGGACUGGGACUUCACCAUGAACCUGAACGUACGCAGCAUGUACCUGAUGAUCAGAUCCUUCCUGCCCAAGAUGUUGGCUCACAAGUCGGGGAACAUCAUAAACAUGUCGUCUGUGGCCUCGAGCAUGAAAGGUGUAGUGAACAGGUGUGUGUACAGCACGUCGAAAGCGGCAGUGAUCGGUCUCACCAAGUCUGUAGCUGCAGAUUUCCUCCAGCAGGGGAUUCGCUGUAACUGCAUCUGUCCUGGAACCGUAGACACUCCGUCACUCCGAGAGCGAAUCCAGGCCAGACCUGAUCCUGAGCAGGCGUUUAAGGACUUCAUGGCGAGGCAGAGGAUUGGUCGGAUGUGCACCGCAGAGGAAGUUGCUCACCUGUGCGUUUAUCUCGCCUCCGAUGAGUCGGGGUUCGUGACCGGAACCGAACACGUCAUCGACGGAGGAUGGAGUCUGUGAUUAUUGUGAAGGACACGUACUGUGAAUCGCAUCAUGGAAGGAAAAAAUAAAUAAAUAUAGUGUCGAAAACAUUUAAUGCCAUUUCAUGAUUUGAAACUCGGCAUGUUGGAUUUUGAUUUACUGAUUAAUGACAUUUUUUAAUGAAAUAAAAGUCAGAAGAAAGUAA